AUGGACUUCCAUAAUAGGAACCAUGAUAUAGUAAACGCAUCUACCGAACAUGCUUCUGGGUCUCGAUGCCAUGAGCAAAACCUCUUAUCGGAGGACACGAUCAAAUAUGCCAAGGAAUUACAUGCUAAUGAAGAACGACUCGAAUUCGAAAUUCUCGAUAUUCAAACUAAACAUCUGCCUGAAAAACACAUUUCUGCAUAUGACCACGUAUUCACAUUUUACGUUUUGCAUUGGUGCGCUGAUAUGCGACAAGUAUUUGAAAAUAUCUAUCGCUUACUUCGACCUGGCGGAUCUGUGUUAAUAUUAACGGUACUAUCUCAUGACGUAUUUUUUAUUUUACUUGAAUUAAAGAAAGACAAUCGAUAUAUGUCGUACAUGAAGCAUGCGAAUAAUUUCAUUCCUCUAUUCCACGAUUCGGAGCAUCCACAUAAAGAUCUAAAAGCAUUACUCAGAAGUGUUGGAUUCAAUGUCCAUCAUUGCAGUCAUCGAGAGAGAACCUAUUCUGCUCAUGACGCACAGAAAAUACCAGAAAUGAUAUUGUCUUUUCUAACGCAAUUUUUGGAGAGCAUGCCUCAUGACCGAAUGGCAGAAUUAGAAGAUGAGUUUACACAGGAAUAUAUGAAAAGAAGAUUUUUCCAUAAGUGGAGGUCCAAUCGAAAUGAAAAAAUUGCAUCAGAUCUACACGAAAUAUUAAUAGUUUAUGCGCAAAAAGAUAAUAACGUUGAAAAUAUUCGUACAUUGAAACUAUAUCACGUCGUCGAUGAUUGCACGACAUAAUAAAGCACAUUG